AUGCGCAGAUGAUGAAAUGAUUUGCAGGGUUUCCCCCAUUCUCGUGUUCACGCGGGCUGCUGGGCUAAGAGCUAGAGACAGGUUUUGCUGCUGUUUCUGCACCUCAGGCAUGGCUACCAAUGCUGGAUCGGAGGAGCAGAUCUCAGACAAAAAUGGAGAGAAGGAGGUGGAGAAGAAGGAGCAGCCGGCGGAGGAGCAGUCUCCCAAGAAAAAGAGGGUGGUGAGGGGUGGGAAGAGAGCGAAGAGCGGGGAAGGAGGAGAUGGGGGCGCAACUGAGGCACCAGCCAAGAAGCCAAGGACAAAGAAAUCGUCAGCCAGAAGGUACAGACGGAGCGGCGAUAUCUAUUGCCUCUGCUCCUAACCGUCUCAAGGUGACAGAUUGGUCCAGUGUAGCCUGGAAUGAUCUCGGACACACCUCUGACGACAGGGCAUGGAACAUCAAGUUCAGCUCGUGGAACGUCAAUGGAGUGAGAGCCUGGCUGAAGAAUGGUGGAUUUGAAUAUUUAACCCACGAAGCACCAGAUAUAUUCUGCCUACAAGAAAUUAAAUGUGCAGAGGAUGCCCUUCCAAAGGAGCAGCUGAAAGUAGACGGUUACCACACCUACUGGAGUUCAGCCAUUAAACCAGGCUACAGUGGGACAGGGCUGGUACACGAAAUGAGAAAAGCCUCUGAAGUGACGUAUGGAAUGGGGAUAGAGGAGCACGACAAGGAGGGAAGACUCAUCACUUGCGAGUUUGAGACAUUCUAUCUCAUCACUGCCUAUGUACCAAAUGUCGGAAGCGUCUGA